AUGUGCACCGUAGUGGAGUCCAACCCAACUCGUGGCCUUUCUGUGCAACUUGUCUCGGAACGAAUGAGAUGCGAUCUUCAUGAUGGCUUAGCGGGUAUACCCUCCCUGAGAAAGAGGCUUGAGAUAGCUCUUGGCGUUGCCAAAGCCUUGCAGUAUCUUCACGGAGAGGAGCUGAUCCAUCGCGAUGUUAAAAUGCAAAACGUGUUGGUGAGUACCGUCAGACUGCCUGUUAGCCUUGAUUGUAAAAUAAAUGGGGCUGUGUUGGGUGUUUACUAUGUAAGGUUUUGCUUAUGAAGAGUUCCAUAAGAGGAGCCGAUUAUUGAACCAAAAGGGGACUUAGAAAUAAUAGUAUUCUGAAUUUAUACAGCAUAUAAGUGGUACAAUACAUUUUUGGACCAGCAAAUUCGAUUUUAUCCUUUUCUCUCCUUUCAGUUGGACGAGAAAAACAACGCUAAGUUAACAGAUCUGGGUCUCUGUAAACCCGAGGGUCUCAUCAAUAACUCGUUGGUUGGUACUCCUCUCAAUAUGGCGCCCGAAAUGAUGAAACAACAGUACGACAAAUCCAUUGAUGUGUACGCGUUCGGUAUGUUGCUCUGGCGAGUGUGCGAAGGCCAGGGCAACCUACCAAAGAAUAUACACCGCCACUUUAACCCUCUGGUUAUGCUCGUGAUGAAUGCAUGUGACAACAAGACACCAGAGAGAUUGGACGUGUUUCCAGAACAAUGCUGGCAACUCAUGGAAAGGUGCUGGAAUCAGGAUCCCGAAGCAAGGCCAUCAUUCGACAUCGUGGUUGGGGACUUGGAAGCGUUCCUAGCGGAGAUGCGGGAUCAGUAGUAGCCGUAUGGGGCAUAAUUGAUUCUGCAUCUAUUUAAAAAAAAACUUAAUUCAUCUUUUUUAUUUGUACAAGAAACGAGACUAAGCACUGAUAACGCGAUCCGUGCCUGGGUAUAAACGAAAGCAACUCUACCUUCCGCUCAGCUGACGCUGAGCCAUAUUGUACCGAAAAAACGGGAAUUCCCCCCCCACACCCCUCACCCCUGGCAUACUUAGAAAACAUAUGCAUACGUCACCAAUAUGCGCACUACGAAUAAGGAACUUAGUUGCGCAAUUGCAUUUGAUUACACGACUUCUCCAGUAAUGUUGUGCUAAUCUUGUGACUAAAUUUUGUAUUGUUAGCCCUUAGUUAAGAGUUUGUAAUAAAUUACUUGUGUAGUGUAUUGCGUUACCUAAGCGUUACUAUAGUCACGCUAUAUCCUGUAAGAUACGAUCGGUACAUGAUUGUAAAAGUACAUUCCUAUGUAAAAGUAGUAUUACUGAUUCCUAGUAUUUUAUUGUGAAUAAAGCUUGUUGAUUCUUUAAUAAAAUUCAGUUGAGCAAUAGCAAUGAAAGGAGUAACUUGACUCAGUCUAGACGACACAACAACUUGUAAAGUUGGAACCUUCGAGCUGGAAGUGUGACGCCCUCUAACCGAUUUAGUACCCUUCGGGCGACACAUUACAGCUGACGAUCGAUCACACGCCUGCUUCAAAAACACGGCACUUGUACUGUAGUUUCUCUGAGUAGAGGCACAGACGGGAAAGUUGGGGCUUCUGCUGAUAGUCUACCACAACUGAACCAGUUACCAAUUUCCUCGAAUGAGCGCUCGCCCGGCUAAAUAGAGGGGGGGCUUAUUGAAAGGGGGUCCCUUACUGAGUGAGCGCAGAAACAGGAAAAAAAUUAAAAUCACUGAGAAAGCAUAUAAAGAACAUUGCAUGCAUAAGGAGAUAGAAAUAACUGGAGGUGACUUUAACAGAAAAGAAACCACUCUCUGGUGCUGAUUCUGCUGUUGUUAAAGCUUAAAAAGUCAUAAAUAAAGUGGCAUUAGAAGCAGGUUUUCCUUGUAACCCCACAGUAGAAAGUGAGCAAUGAGCAACGCUAACUCGACGAGCGCACUUAUAUAACAUUGUGCCUUGGGUAAGAGCGCCUAUUCAAGGUAUACGGUAUAUCCAGCACACAUUUUUUUGAGGUUCCACUUCUGUUUUGUUCUAUGAAUUAACUCCCAUUGUCCUUUCAAAGGCGAUUUGUUGUUCCAGUUGAAAAGUCGGGAAACAGAGUAUAGUAUACAGCUUCCCUAAAGCCUACCAGGGGUAGUAGAUCCAAAAGAGUUUUUCCUCUAACAUAACCAAGCGUGCGGUGGUGGGGAAGGGAAGUUUGAGUGGGUUUGUUGAAAUAUUCAUUCAAUUUUCAGUUAGCGAGCACUUAACCCUUUAACUCUCAUGAUUGACCAAGAGAGAACUUCUCCUUACAAUAUCAGUACAUUAUCAUGAAGAAAAGUGAUGAGAAUAAAGCAGAAUAUAACUUGGUGGACUUUACACUGAUCCAAUACUAAAUUCUCCUAGGUAAUACCAAAAGAUUCUAUGGCAGACAGUGAGAAGAAAUACUAAUCAGAUCUUGGGAGUGAAAAGGUUAAAUAGUCAUGAUACCAGAGCUUCACACAAUGAAAAGCUCAAAGAAUUUGAUGUAUUAGAUUUGAAUGGCAAGUUCCUGAGACAGAAUACUCAGGGAGUGCAUCCUUUUGCAAAUUAUAAUAGGUACACUUUUUAAGCCAACUACAUUCAUCAACCACACUAGAUCAUUUGCUAGUUUAUUCAAAACAAUAAUUACAAUGGCAUAUUUUGUCAGCUUGUAACCUGAUGAGAGGGUAGCCUUUAAAUUGCAAUCAUCAUCAUCAUCAGAACACUUCAUAACAUUUCAGAGGCUACCAGUUGAUUUCAUAAACUUGCUUGUCUACAGCAAGGCCUCAAUGAAAACAUAAAAAAAAAAGAAAUUAGGUGAUGUGGUUGAGAAACAAAGAACAGAUUUCUAUCACAAACUACAAAGUGGUAACAGCAUUUAACUUUGCAUUACAUGCCCAUGGUAAGUACUAAAACAUGGAACAACCUAAAACCACCUAAAACCACCUACAACCACCUACAACUUAAAGAACUUUACAAAAUGAACUAUUAAGUUACAAAAAAUAAUGAAGUAAAAUAACAAACUUGUAGUCAAUCUAUCCAGAACUGUUUGCAAGGCAAUCUCGUAUAAUUACGAGGUGCGAAAUUAUUCUUAAGGCUAAUCACACAUGAACCAGCAGUUCAUGGCUAGGUAAUUUAGAGAGGUCCAAGUCUUCUUAUUGCUAUUGUUCCAAGCUCAUGAAAUUACUUCGGCCACCAAAAUUUUUCUUUUCUUUUUUUCACACAAGCAUCAAUGCCGACCAUGAAUAUUUGUACAUGUACUCAUCUUUAUACAGUACAACUGAUUUGAACCCAGGAGUGACAUUUGAUAUUCUGAUUGUCCAAAUAAUAGUAGUCCUGAACAAGGAAGGACUUUGUCAGUAAUAGUACGUGACUUUGGUGAUGAAUUCUGUUAAGGAUGACUAAAAUUCACUACUAGUGAUGACGAAAAUUCACUACUAGUGACAAUGGUCCUUCUCAGGGCUUCUCUGAAUGAUCAGAAGACACGAUCAAAUCAACUUAGAAAAUGUGAACUGAUGGGCAGUACAGAUUGGAUGUGGGGGGGAGGGGGAAUGGGUUAGGUGUGAGUUGAAGGAUGGAGAUGUUAGAACCGACUUAAAGCAAUUCAAAUCCUUUAUCAAAAUUAAACCCUGCCUAAAAUAUGAUAGGAAUCACUUUGAUAACAAUUAUUAUUUCAUAUCUUCUGUAUUUUCCACCAAGAAUUUAAUUAUCAAGAGGACAGGUUCCAACAUGUGAUUAACAACAUGAAGAAAUGCUGCUGAAAAAUUUCAGCCAUAAACACUGAACUGUGCUUAGGCUACAAACAGGAACUUGAGCAGCAAAAGGUAAUGAACAAAGAGAGGUAGCAAAGGACUUCACCUAAAGAGCAAGAGUGAACAAGUGAGACUCCUACAUUGGCUGAAAUAAGUUGAUCUCUGCACUGUCAGCCAGCAAGAAAAUCAGCAGAUAAGAGUUGACUUACAGAAGUUUUUGAAGUCUGUUUAUGCACAUUGCAGCUGACUUGAAGACAGUAACUUUAUUGAAUAAUUUA